AUGCGGUUUACAGAUACCCGUUUUGGUUUCACUGGUAAUCUGUACAGUGCUUUGAGUCAAAGGGGAAUCUUUACCUUCAUCAAUGAUGAAGCACUCAGAAAGGGAGAAGAGAUCACAGCGUCUCUUCGCAAGACAAUCCAAGAAUCCAGGAUAUCCAUCAUUGUUUUCUCCAAAAACUAUGCUUUCUCAACAUUUUGUUUGGACGAACUUCUCCAAAUCAUUGAGUGCCACACAAAACAGAACAUGUGGAUUUUGCCAGUGUUUUAUGACGUAGAGUCAUCACAAGUGCGACAUCAAACAGGGAGUUACCAAGAAGCAUUUUCAAAUCAUGGUGAAAGAUUCAAAGAUGACAUUCAGAAGCUUCAACAAUGGAGGCUGGCUUUGCGUCAUGCUGCCGAUUUGGCUGGUUUUCCUUUCAAAACUGGUGAAAAGUAUGAGUCUGAGAUACUGAAAAAGAUCACAGAAGAGAUCUCCACUAAGCUUAAUCGACCUCCCUUGCAUAUUGCUGAUUAUCCUGUUGGUUUGAAAGUUCGGAUGCAACAUAUACAAGAAUUCAUGGGUGGUGAGUUUGAUAAGAAAGUAACCAUGCUUGGGAUUCAUGGAAUGAGAGGAAUUGGAAAAUCAACUCUUUCACGUGCGAUGUACAACUUGAUGGCACAUCAAUUUGAAGCUUCGCACUUUCUUGCUAAUGUCAGGGAAAAAUCAUAUAAGGAUGGUCUGAUGCAUAUCCAAGAGACAAUGAUGUCUGAGUUAAUGGGGGAAAGAAAUAUCAAGUUAGGAGAUGUGCAUCGUGGAAUUCCAAUACUACAACACAGACUUUGUGGGAAAAAGGUCCUCCUUGUGCUUGAUGAUAUUAGCAAAAAAGAACAAUUGCAUACAACUGCUGGAGGACUUGAUUGGUUUGGCUCUGGUAGCAUCAUCAUCAUAACAACAAGGGAUAAGCAUUUGUUAGAUGUUCAUGGAGUUCAAAAAUAA